AUGCCUCCAACAGACUGAAACGUCCCUCACCGUCCGUUGAAAAAUCGCAAAUUACAAAAACUCCCGGUCCACCACCCAAGAUGGCUCACGUUGGUGUUCCCAGGCGUGAUCCCUGUCAAAAGUGUCAGUUGCCAGUGUUUUUAGCAGAACGUCUAACAGUUGGCAAAAGAACUUAUCAUCGUACUUGCCUUAAAUGUGCACGAUGCGGUUCACAACUCUCUCCAGGCAGCUUCUAUGAGACAGAAGUAGAUGAUGAGUACUGCUGCGAAACUUGUCCAGAUGAAGAAGUGCUCGCUGCUGAUGUAUCCACCAGUAGCGUACAACUGCGUACACCCUUAAGUGAUCAUACUGCAGACAAUUUAGCAAGUACAAGUACAGCUGUAGCUUCUGGUCCGCAGUCAAGAAAUGUGCGUAGUUCCAUUGCAGAUCGUUUAGCUUUCUUCGAGAAAACUAAACCAGUUGAGGAUAGCAAAACAAUUCAAAAUCAUAAACUGCUGCAGAAGAGUGUUAGCGAUGAGGAAAAAUCGAAGAGUCUUAAGCACAUGGAAGCAAAUGCAGCACAAUAUAAAAUGAACAGUGCUUUCAAUACAUUCCUCAACGAUACUAUCGAUGGUGAAAAUGAACCAGAAGCGAAUAGUGAACCGAUAUCCGUUACUGAAGACAGUAAAACUGACACCCAAAUGGAUACUUCAGAUACUGAAACUGACAAUGAGACACAUGCUGAAUUAAGUUUAGACAAUGCGCCGCCACCAGCUUUGCCGAAAUCGCAACCACCAGCGGAAGUAACAGUUUCUGCUACAACAACACCAAUAGCUAACAAAAGGUUCACAGCUACCGCACAACUGCAAUUAAGCAGCACAACAGCACAGCACGAGAAAACUACAAAGACCAGUAACGAACAUGAUUCGCCGGAGAGAAGGAAGAGUGAAUUGCAAUUAAAUUUAAAUACCACAACAACACCAGUUGCGGUACCAAGAAUAACAACUUCAUCAAGUGACAAUUCAAAUAACAAUCACAGUUAUACUCCCAUCCUGGACAAAGAUCCUACAACAACAAAUGAAACAACAACAGCAACAGCAACAACUACAGCAAUAGCAAGCAAUUUAACACAAAAAAGCAAUGAAAUCAAUUUAGUCUUAAGUGAAACUAAUGAUAAUGAUUGUGUUACCAAAGACAUAGCUGCAGAUACAUUGAAAACUGCAGCGCAGACACAAAGCGCUGACAACAAUACAGAAAAGUCUGCAGUAGACGUUGAAAUGAAGAAUGAGAGUGCAGAAUCUAUUGAUGCAGACACUGUAAUGCCAGACACUGUGGAAUUGCGUGAAAAACCUGUGAAGUCCAUAGAACAGCAUCAAUUGCAGCCAGAAGAUGCAGCAACUACAGAACGUCUGAGUGUAGUACGUGCGCGUCUGCAACAAUUUGAAGUAAUUUCAAAUAACGAAAAUAAUAAUAAUAAUCAUAUAGAUAUAAAUAAUGAAAACGUAACCUUAGAAAAUAAUAAAACUAUUGCAAUUCCCACAAAUUCUAAUGCUGAAGAAAAUGCACAUGAACUCAUAACAAAGGAAAGUGACGACAAAUCAACAUUGCACGUACAUGUGCAGCAAAUGGAAACUGAAGUUGCUACUGAAACUAAAAAGCCUGAAAUCAAGCCAAGCCAGUCAGCCGUUGAAGAAACCAUAGUUCAACCUGAAACUGAAACGCCAAGUAGUCUUAAUGAAGUGCCUUUAUAUAUGAAAACAAAAGACAAUGAAAAUGAAAAUGAAAAUGAAAAUGUAGAAUUUAAGCAAAAAGAAAUUGAAAGUAACAAAAAAGUAAUGGAUACAAAUCAAACUGUAGAAGUUAGUACGAAGACGGCGGAUACAAGACGUGCAAGUGAAGACUAUCCCGAAGAUUUGAAUCCAUUCAAAUCAGAUGAUGAAGAUGAAGAUGAAGAAACUGUAAAUAAGGAAAACCUUGGACAUUCCGUUAACUCAAACGCUUCGUUUAGUAAAACUUCCAAACAAAAAGCACAAAAUUCAAAUCCGUUUGAUAGCUCGGAUGAUGAGAUUGAAUUGGAGAAAUCACACAGUUCCACUGCAGCAUCGACGCCAUCAUCAGCGAAAGUACCACCACCACGUCCACCGCCACCACGCAUAUCACGUAAUCCAUUUGGCGAUGACACCGAUGAUGAUCAAAACUUUUCAAGACGCUCAAGCCUGUCUUCUUCGCUUACUAAAAGGACGCCUGUACCCACUCCCAGAUCGCAUGUAUCACAAUCACAAAAUCCUACACCGGAACCAACCCCACGUCUUAGCACAAAAUCCACACAAGAAAGAAACUCACAAUUUGUGCUUCAAAAUUCCAGCGACUAUUACGGCAGUGUCAACUCGCUUGGUACUUCCACGCCGCAAAGCCUACAGCGUAACUCCGAUGUACGUGGUUCAAAUAACUCGCUCACAUCUUCUUCCGGUGGCACCGUAAGAGGGCGUAAAAGUCGCAAGGCACCAGCGCCACCCCCACCAACUGUCAAAGAGCUGUUUGCAAGUAAUGCCUCUCCGAACGGUUCCAUUACAUCCACGCCCAGUUCGAGUACAGUAGGCACGCCCAAAUCCAGUAAGAAACGUUUAGCGCCAGCACCACCAAAACCCGCGCGUAUGGAUCCGACUUUGUUGCCACAAAUCACAUUAGAACUUAGUACGGAGUCAAAAAACUUGCAUAGUUACCCUCUGCAGAGUGAAUUAGACUCGGCAUUAUCCGACGAGGAAAAAGCUUUGUUGGAGGGUAAACAGUUGUCAAGAAUUGACAAUAAAGAGGAAGAUGAUACAAGUCGACGAAGUUCGAGACGAUUGAUACCAUUAGAUGCAAGCCUGCUAAAUGAUGAGUAUGUGGAUGAAGAGAAUGUGAGCAAAAGUGAUGACGUCAAACAUGAACAACAGCAUUUGCAUAAUGAGGAAGAGUCUAAUGUUGUUUAUCGUCGUGUUAUUAUACCUCCAAAUAUAGACACACCCACACACGACAAGAAUCCUUUGCUAGACGAUUUGAAUGGUGAAGUGACUCACGAUCGGCAAUUAGAGAAGUUGAAAGACAAUAAAGAGGCCAAAAAUCGUAAUAGACAAUCACAGAUAUCUGCUUCAUCUGGUGCUGAAGAUGGUGAGACAUUGCAUUAUAAUAAAUCAGUGCAUGGCAAAUGGAAAAGACGUAAAGGUCCGGCACCCGCAUUGCCUAUACCUCCUAAAAAAGUGUUACAAAUGUUGCCAUUACAAGAAAUUCGACACGAGUUAGAAAUAAUUGAGGUGCAGCAACAGGGUCUAGAGAAACAAGGUGUCAUAUUAGAGAAAAUGAUACGCGAUCGUUGUGAAGGGCAAAAUGGCGAACCUAUAGGUAAACCAACUGAAGAUGUGAGUGAUGGUAAAACUACAACCGCAACUGAUUGUGUGCAGAACUCCAAAGAAGUUGAAGAUCUUAUCUUACAGUUAUUCGAAUUAGUAAAUGAGAAAAAUGAACUCUUCCGCCGACAAGCAGAGCUGAUGUAUUUACGUCGUCAACAUCGUUUAGAACAGGAACAAGCUGAUUUGGAAUAUGAAAUACGCGUGUUAAUGGCGCAGCCAGAAUGCAAUAAAACUGAUACAGAUAAAGCAAGAGAGGAGGCGCUUAUAGCACGGUUAGUGGAAGUAGUGCAAUUGCGUAAUGAAGUAAUUGAAUGUCUAGAAAUGGAUAGGCUGCGCGAAGCAGAAGAAGAUUUGAGCAUAAAACAACAAUUGGAACUGCAUAGUGCCAAGCGUGAGGAUGAUGAAGAAUCCCGAAGAACUUUAACAAAGCUAUCGAAAAAGGAAAGAAAAAAACAGAAAGAAGCAAAAAAAUUGGGUAAAAGUAAAAAAAUCGACGCAGAUAAGGAUGCGGAUGAAUCUGAGCUAAAUGCAGCAGAGAAGCAAAAACUUAAGAAGAAAAAAAGGAACUUUUUUUCCAAGCUAACUUAGGCUGCAAGCUAUAUAUAGUAAUAGCAAAAAAUGGAUAGUCUUAGAGCUAAAAUUUACUUGUGAUACAAAAAACGUUACGUUUAAAAUGAACUUAUUGAUUUCCUAACUGGCUUAAAGCAAUUCUUGCAUUGAUGGCUUUAAUUUAAAGAUAAUUCGUUUGAGAUUUUAAACUGCACUUCAGUUAAAUAUAAAUUCAUUUGGCGAUGUUCUCAACAAAUUCCAUAUUUUUGGCAUUUAAUAUUUAAAAUUAAAAAAAAAUCUCUGUAUCCCUUCUGUAAUAAUUAAGU